GUCUGAUUUAUUUCAAAGGCGGUAAUUCAGUCGUCCGUGGUGUCAUGCAGGUUUUAACAUUUUCUUUUCGUUUCUUUUGUCUUUUUUUACUUUUUCCUCCCUCAUAACACCAUUACUAAGCAAAAGGAGAACAUGAAUAGAGCAACGACCUGGGGGAGGUUUUUUGUAUUCUCAAUUUUUGGAAGCUGGUGUUACAAACUAGAUGUUUUUCAGUGACCAUAGGAAGUCUUGUAAAUUAUCAUUAAUUAUGAGACUAGUUGAGUAGUACAAAAGUAAGUUUGAGGGACUAUUUCAUCUACAGUACACCAUUUUUACAUCGUCCGCUAAACAACAUUGGAGAUCUGUUGUCGACCCAAAUAUUCUUCCACCGUUAGUGAAUAGCGACCACGCUGUUUUGUCAUUCGCGUUUAGAACUAGGGACAUGUUAUACGAUAAGGUUACAACUCUCCCAAAUGUAUGGAAAACUAACAUCAGCCAUUCAGGAAUGCUCUGCUAAGACGGGUUGGUUUGUAGAUAUUAGCUUAUCAGUUGAAGAAGUAUGGUCUGUAUUUAAAGGUAAGUUUAGUCUAGUUACGUCCUCGUUCAUACCGUGCCUAGUGCCACGAAGACUAAAUAACAGUCCACCAUGGAUAACUAAACCAGUCAGGAAACUUCUUAGGGAAAGGAAGAAGCACUGGAAUUUGUUCAUCUCUACUGGCUUAGAACAAUACAGAUCCAGUUAUUGUAAGAUUAGGAAUACGUGUAAAGCCUUAAUAAGUAAGACUAGACUGUCAUACGAAAAACAAUUGGUUAGGGAUUCUAGAUAUAUAGUCCGAAACGGUUAUUCUCGUAUAUAAAAAGGCGAACUCAAAGAAGCGAUGGGAUUUCAUCACUUUUGAUACAAGAAAAUCCGUUAAUCUUGGCAGAAAAUGAUGCCGAAAAGGCUGAAGCUUUAUCGGAAUAUUUUAGUAAAGUAUUUUCUGUCGGUAAUGAGGAACAACCAACGAUUCAUCGUGAACGUGACGGCUCGCUGAUGGAUCCUGUAGUCAUUAAGAAAGGUACUGUUUUAAGGCUACUUUAGCAUCUCAAACCUGAUAAGUCCAGUGGUCAUGAUGAUAUUCAUCCUAGGAUUAUGAAAGCCAUAUCAGAUGAAAUUGCUGAACCAUUAACGAUACUAUUUGACAUGUCUCUAAGACAGUCCAGACUGCCUAGAGACUGGAAAGACGCUAUAAUAAGUCCGGUGUAUAAUGCUGAGAGUAGGGAUUUAGUUAGUAACUAUAGACCUGUUUGCUUAACUAGUGCAGUUGUAAAACUGAUAGAGAAAAUCAUUCGGAUAUCCGUUCUAAACUAUGUUGAAGGGCAUAAUCUUUUCUCUAGGGCACAACAUGGUUUUCGGAAAAGCCUAUCUUGCUUGACAAAUCUCAUUGCAAAAGAAGGUUGGGCUGCUGCAGAGACGACAAAGAGGCAACGACGAGUGUCUCUAUCUUUCCGAGUCCUUACUGUUCCGUUUAGUCGAACAGCGCACAGAUGAUUGUCUACUGGGAUCCAGUCUAAGAGAGCUAGUUCUGCCCUAGGACUCAAUGCCAUACCUACGCCGGCGAGGCCACGAGAAGCAGCAUCAGGGCUUCCAGAUACACGAAGUGUGAAUCGAGUUGAUUCUUUAUUUUGACAUGGUGAUGUCAAAUGAAUGACGCUACUCGGAUCCUGUAUGCGCGUUUUGGAGACGCAGCACACAUCGAUGGCUCGAGAUUCUAAAGUCCUAUCUAAGAAAGUCCGUUGUCCUAUUUGGCACAGUGUUUGGACGUUAAAAGCUCCUACGUGUAGUUUAAAGCGUGGUUUCAGGAGGCCAGGAAUAACGUUCCGCCCACUCGAAUCGUUUGCCCUAGCGGUGCGAGGUGAUAAAGGGACGUGAGAAGGAUUAGUCGUGGAGAUAAGAGAGGUAUUGGGGGGUGUAGGAAGGAUUUGAAUGUGACUAACUUGGUCUCGUGUGCUGUUACGCGUAUGAGGGCUGAUGUUCCUUCCCGGCUGCCCACAACAUGGAAGGAGGAUCAUUGACUAGUAUUGCAAUUAACAAUGUCACAUAAAAAAAAUUUGAUUUUAACAUUUUCUGCUUUCCAUCCAUACAAUGUUUUUUAAAGAUUCUCUAUAUUGUAUUACUUCUCUUAUGUUCAAAGUCUUGGUACUUAGUGAAGGUAGAUCCUAUUUUUACAGGACUGACAUCAAAUGCAAUCAGUAGCUACCUUACUUUCUCUAUCGCUGUCUUUAGUAUCCUGUGUGUAAAUUAUUAAUGCAGUGUAAAGUUGCUUGUCCCACAUUAAACAAAAGUUAUUUUAAUUAAUCAUUUGUUUUUAUCCCUUUUCAUUUCAUUAUUUUUUUUUUCAGUUACCUUCAAUACAUUUCGAUUUGUCAAUGUUCAUAAAUCGCUCUAGUAAAUAAACCAUGACACAAGACGAUAUGAUAUAUACAAUAAUACUUAUAUUGUCCCUGGUUACUGGGCCAUUAGUCCAAAAAUGUGGGAAAUAUCGACCUUGGUUCGCGGCUGUUGUAGGGUUUCUUAUGUUUUUCUGUUUUGCGGGACAAGCUGUAUGGCAUUCACUCCUGACAUCGUCUGUAUUCACAUUGGCCUUUAUUCUUUUUCCUGCAAGAUUUUUGCAUUACGUAGCUGUUGCAUGGUGCUUUGGUUAUUUGGGAUUUUUUCGAACUUGUCACUAUUUCGGAUUCUCUCAGGUUACUCCUGUCGCAAAUAUUGUGCAGCUUUUAUUGACCUUACGUUUAAUAGGUGCAUCAUUUGAAAUAAGUGAUAGUUGGCGAAUAAACGAUCAAUUACAAAAUUCUGAUUUGCACCCACAGGAUAAAAGCAAACUUGAACUUCUAAAAAAAUAUAAAUGUAUCGAGCCUUCUCCACUGAUGAUUAUGUUGUAUGCCUAUUGCUAUAUUGGUUUGUUUACAGGUCCAUAUUACAAUCUGAAAACGUUUGAAGACUUUUGCAAUCGGGAUUCUGAAACCGUAAUAACUGCAGAAGAACCUCUUCUUCAACACCUUCAAGAAGCACCUCCAUUCGGUGUAGCUUAUUUAAUACUUUCUCACUUUUAUACUGUUGAUUAUGUACGCACUGCAGAAUUCUAUGAUCGACAUUUCCUGUAUCGAUUUUUUUAUAUGAUGGUUAUUUUCUUUACCUUCCGAAUGCGAAUUUAUUUUGCUUGGAAAAUGUCUGAGUGCGUGUGUAUAUCCGCUCGUUUAGGUGCAUAUCCUAAAUUAUCUGAACCUGAAAAAGGUGAAGGACCAACUAAUCUACAUGCAUUAGAUUUAUACAUGGAACAACAGGCAGCCAAUGAUGUGAAAUUAAACAGCGUUAUAAACCAGUCCAAUCAUCUUCAUCGUCAUCAAACUUCUGACCCUGUCAAUUCUGUUAUUCAUUCCACACUAAAAAAUAAACCGAAUUUUGAAAUGAAGUCAGAGACAAAUGUAAUAUAUAAUUAUAAUACAAUAUCCAACUUAAGUAUAUGGGGAUGUGAAUUCGCUCCUACAGUACGUGAAUCGAUGAAAUCGUGGAAUUGUUCGGUGCAAUUUUGGUUGGCCAAUUAUUUUUAUAGACGUUGCAAAGCUUCACGAAAUAUACGGCAAGUGAUUCAUUUGGGCGAUUCAUUCUAUUUUUUAAUCCCUUAUCAAUUAAGGAACUCAAUCGAUGCCCGAGUAUUUUGUAUUAGUAAUUUGUUUGGAAUUUUCUUCUUAAUGAAUUCAUUAUGCUUUGCGAAUAAGUCAUAUGUUCUAUUAAGGCUUAAUAGUACUGUUUAAUCACACGAACCAAAAUAAUUGAUGGGGUGUCUAGACCUGUUAGGGAUUGAUAAUUUCUACCAUUUAUAUAAAGCUUUUUGGUUGUGGUCCAAAAUUAUUAUUCAACAAUCUAACGAUUUGGACACCAUUUAGUCUUGUUUUUUUUUUGAUAUAUAAUGCCUGUGUCAAUUAUUCUUUUCAUUCAUUCUUUUUAUUAUGUAAAUUUCUACAGGACAUUAUGGACAAUGAUGGUUAGUGCCUAUUGGCAUGGUUUACAUGCAGGUUAUUAUUUAUCCUUUCUGGUCAUCCCACUUGCAUUAGUUGGUGAGACAAGUCUAAAAAAUUUAAUGAAUUUAUGCGCAAAUAGUCUACCAACUGGUAGUGUAUCAUUUAUUUCAUGGUUAUUAAAAAUGCGUGUCUUUGAAUAUUGUUGUAUGGGGUUUUUAUUAUUAGACUGGGAGACUACCAUUGCUUAUUGGUCCAGUAUUUAUUUUUGUAUUCAUAUAGUUUUAAUUGGAUUGAUUAUUUUCGACUAUUUUCUACGACUUAUAUUACCAGCUAAAGCAUUUAAAAUUGUAUCUUCAUUAGAUUCAUCUACUGUUUCAUCAUUAUCAUCUGAUAUGUUUGUUGUUAAUAAUGACACAGUUGGUGAUCGAUCAUCAACGCUUCAUUCUCAUCAUCGUCCUAAUUAUAAAUCAAAAAUGUAAAUUAUUGCAUCUACAUAUAUUACAUAAAAAUCUUUAACUAUAAUUUGAUAAUUAUUGAACAAUGAAAACAGCAUUUUGUGUUUCCCCCUCUUUUUUUUUUGAAAAAAAAAAUUGAUUUCAUUAUUUUCAUUUAACAAUGUUUAUUUUAUCCUCUUCAUAGAUAGAGUUAGUCAUUUUUUCCACUCUCUAAGUGUUAUCUUGAUAUUUUUAUUUAGAUGUUAUCACUUUAGUUGUUCUCUGUUUCGUAUUGUCAAUUCAUUUCAUUCUGAUAUUAUCAUUAUUAUUAUUGGGAUUUUACCGCUCUCUUAUCUGAUGUUCACGAAUAUAUACAUAUAUGUCCAUCAUGGAAAGCACUGCGGAAUUGUGGCUUUGUAUUUUAUAAAACAACAAUAAUAUCAGUAUCAGAAAGGAUAAUUAUGUGUUGAAUUAUUCUUAUCAGUUACCUUUUUUCUUCUUUUCUUGUAGUAUUUUCUUUUAUAAACUUUCCUUUCUUCAAAAUACAUUAAUUUGAUACUUACUAAUUUCAAAGAGACGUAUUCUCAAAUGAACAAAUAUGUUUCCUACUAACAAUUUAAUUUGUAUUAUUAUGUUCAGCAAUUAUAUACGCAUACAGUUUUUUUCUGAUUAUCUCUUCUGAUAUAAUAAGAGUUGUUUCAAAUUAUAUGAAGUAGAAAAAAAGAACGAGAAAACUUUGAAAGAAAAGCUUUUUUUUACUUUAAAUUUAUUUUCCUCUUUUUUAAAAUUACAAACUUUCAAAUGGAUACUUAUGAAUAACCUUAUGAAAUUAUCUAUACAACAUAUGUAUUAUCUGUUCCCUCAAAGAUAAAUAUCUAACAACAAUUUAGUAAAGUUAGUGGAUUUAUUUACUUUGUUCUUUAUCAGAAAAUUAAUACCAUAAGUGUCUUUUUUAAUGUAAGGGGUAAGGAGAGAAUUUAUACAUUUAUUCAUGGUUAUUUACUUAUCGUACAAGAAAUGCUUCGUGUAGAAAAACAUUAACAAGUUAUAUCGUACAAAUUGGAGUGAUAAUGUUGAUAAAAAUUAGAAAACAGUGACGGAAAAAAGUGUAGGAUGAUCUGGUCAAAAUUUGUAGAGCAACGAUCCAUUUGAAUUACUCCAUCGGACAUUUGAAGCGUCUUCUAUGAUUUUUAUCUCAUUGAAACCAGCCUUCUCAAUUUUACAGGUUUUAAUAUCGUGCCACUGAUUCCGUAAAUUUGCAGAUGCAAUUAAGAAAAGAGGACGGUAAGUUGUGCUCCGAUAAUAACAACUGUGAUUUUGUUUUUCGUUAGAAAGUAGGUUAUGUUCAUGGGAAAUAUGCAGAAGACAACCACUUUUAUCCCACUUGUAAUCGAAGAAUUCUAAUUGGCUACCCAAACUAUUACUAAUGCGUAGAACCCAGAACGUCCAUCUAGAUUUUCAGCUACUAAUACGUCUGUCGCAGGAGUUUGACAGAAGCUACAUAUUUAGUGGUAGUCUAUGUUCCUCCUCCUAGUUUUGUCUUAUCAUUUGUGCGGAGAUUCCUUUCCAAUAGGAAGCAGUAAGUAUAAUCCGUUUGGUAGAGCCUUUAAGGAUGGAGCUUCAUGAGAGUGUGUCGAUGUAGAAAGUUUAGCUCCAUUUUCGGCCAUAUUUUUUGGGAUUUUCACUUUAAAUCAGUCUAAGCGUCCAAGAUUUAAGAGCAGUAUCUUGUCUUCUGAGAUGGUCGGAUUCAGUUUCUCAUCGUUCACUAAACUAAAUUUAGUUUAAUUGGUUAUUUUUUUAAUCAAAUGGCGCACAACUGUCAUUUGAAAAUCCAUGUUUAUCGUUCGGAUUAUCGGUUAUUUCCUACGGUCUAGUCUUAUGUCUUUCAUAACCCUUCCAACUAGAAGUGUAAUAUGAGUUGCUUGUAUCAAUUGUGGUACUGUUUUAUACUGUCUCUUGUUGUAGGAUGUACGUGAUUUUUUGACGGGUUUUCAGUUGUUCGCUAAAACAAUACAUUUGAUUAUCCAAAUAAUUAACAGUCACAAUUUGAAACUGAAAGUUCAACAAAAAAGCCUUUCAGAAAUUAAUCAUGAUAGCUACUCACAAUAUGGGAAUAUUUCACGAAUUCUUUAAACGUUAGUUGUUUUACAUUCUAACUGUAUGAUUUGGUCAAAUAUCUAAUGGAUAUAAUUUACGUUAUCAAUAUUGGUUGUCUCAUCUGUAGUCUCAUUACUUGAUGGUAAGUCAAGAAAAAGAUAUCACUUUUACUGUUCGAAUAAAACUCAAUUACUUCCGAUGUGUGUACAAAAGAACAACUAGGUUUUAUACCAUAAUUUCUUUAAUUCAUAUGAUGUGGAAACUUAUUUUAUUGAUCAUGUUUGUUGUAUCAGCUGCUGUUCAUCAUUACAAUAUAAUCUUUAAAUAUAAACAGAAAACUGUACAGAUACUUUACAUGACAUGUUAACAAGUUUCCCAUUUUUCUGAUUUUCUUUAUUCCGGAAAUAUGAUGUCAGAUAUGCAUAUAUAUAUUGUUAAGUUGUAUAGUUUUCGCUUUUUCUCAGUUGUAUGUAAAUAUGUCGGCUGUUGUUUAAGAGAAUUCGAAUGAUUUCAUACUUACAAUCCUAAUGAAUGAAAUAAUCUUCAAACCUGACUUCAAGUCACAAUAAUUUUACUGUUCAAACCAAAAAAUAAGGAGUAACAUCAUUGCAUUAAGUCAGUCAGUCAGUCGGGUCAUUGCAUUAAAGUCGUAGAGAUACAUUUUGAUCAUUCACUUAUUUGAAGCAAUAAGUUAAAGUUUCUAGAAAAUUAACAACAAACUUUUACUAUAUUAGGCAACCAUUUUAAAACGUGGCUAUUCGAAUACUUCACAUUGUAACUGUAAGUGUAAGAUGAGAUAUCUUGUACUGUAAUUUAAUAAACUGUUCUGAAGUUAACAUGAAUUUGUAAUGAUUUUACUGGUCGAUGAUCAACUUAAUUUAUGAAGCAAUGUGAUUGAAAUUAUUCAUUAAACUGUUAAUUUCUGUGUGCACGACAGAUUUCCAUAUAACAUGACGAGUAAUGCACUUUAACAGGAGACCAUAUAUUCUUUCUUAAGAAGUCUGUACUUAUUUGAACGAAUGCAACAUCAAAACAUUGGUUUUCUGUAAUACAGGACGAACCAUUGUUUUCUGUAGAGGCUGAUAAAGUACUUAACGAAUUUUAAAUUCAGGAUAUCUAUGUAUAUUCUAUUCCUUUUAAAGAGUUUUCAAC